UCGGGAGCGUUAGGGAGAAGAGCCGUCCCCUACCGCCGCGCCGUCGCUAGUCCUGGCGUUGGUGCCCUCUACCCAUCCUUCACAAACGCUUUCUCCAAUCUUCCCCUUCUCCUCUGCAUCUAUACAGUACUUCUGACUGGCCUUCGUCUUGCACACCACACGAUACAACAAAUAAUCGACAAUGUCGCUGUCACGCCCUCAUUCGUCCGUAAUGUUUGCGUGCCACACCGGGGAUAUUUUGGCCUAGAACACGUCAGAACGGGCCAAGGUAGCGCGAGCGCGCCCGCGUCCCAUGGCGUCUGUGCCGCAGGAUAACAGGUUCUGUAGGUUCAUUCACAGAUAUGCACUCGCAGCCUGCUGUUGCGUCUUGCACUUUUCCCAUCCUGAGAUGCAUUGCUUAUCGAUGAACUGUCUCUGCUCACUGGCACAGGCAUCGCGUUUCACUUUCAUGGCUGUCGCAUGAUCCGGAGCAAAGCCCUCGAUGAUGACUCGACCUCUGAUUCUGAUUUCAUCCUCCUCACAUCUCUCCCCCACGGAAAGCGUUUCUCGAUAUCUCAAUAUCCCACGUAAUCAUCUGAACCUCUGCCAGAGGCUGCAGAACGUUGAGAACCUCGGGUCGUGCAAUUGCCGGCAUCCCACAAUCCAAUCCUCUCAAAACAUCGAUUUUACCUAUACGCGCGCGCGCCGCGAGGCACAGCAAAUAAAGUCCCAUCAGGGCGAUGGCCCAAGACUUCCAAAGUCCAACUGGCACCACCAUCACUUUCAUCCCAUCACCACCAACUUGCGACUCCCACGCUUCAGGUUGAUGGUAGCCUCCACACCACCAGCCAGGCCCCUGGCAACCAAUGAUUGGCAGCAGGAGGUAGGGUUCCAUCCAAUGAGCAAGUAUGGUACCACUACAUACAUGUAUGGCGCACCCUUCAAGAAUGCUGGAUCACCAUCAUCAUCCCAAAUUAAUUCAACGUGGGUUGUCUCGGACGCCACGAUCAUCGCAAGCCAUUCUUUGUGGAUGGGUGUCGACCACAGAACGGGUUUCCGAGACACGCUUCUUUUGCAACCCUUCGAAAUGCCAUGUUGCGAGGACUGGCAAUGUCGUCGGGGCACUCGAUGCAUACGACGUACAGCCCUUUUCCAAAGUCGUUACUGCCAGCGAGGGAAGACGUUGGACCUUACCGCGCGCAGGCUGCAAGGUAAUUUGCCGCGGGACUGCAGAUUUUACCGGUGAGAAAAUGUUCGAAACAACGAAUGCAUAUUGUGUGUCUUCAAACGGCGGUUUACGGGAUGCGAGGUUGUGAUCAAUCACACGAUUCCUCGGACGUAUGGGCCCAACCCCGCCUGAGCCAAACGCUUCGGA